CAUUAGUGCAAGAGAACCCAUCGGCGAGGCAGGAGCUUUCCGGAGCUGUGCGACCUCGAGACGACUGGUGUAGUUGACGGUACGAGAAACGAGAACAGGAACCCCCCCAUCCCCGCUGCAGGAAGUUCUACACACCGUGCUCUAAACCGCGUGAAUGCGGGCCGUGGUCGUGUACGCGUGCGUUGUGCCUGUGCGUAUGGCCGUGCGUGCGUGAAAAGAAAAAGUGCGUGUGGGGGUGUAUUGUGAAUCGGAACACUGCGCUUGCAUCCUGACCGUAAAAGCCUGUAUGAAAAUAUCCCCAACGGUACGUGCAAUUCUGAACAUCUGAACGGCAAAACGGAUUACUGGAAGCACACCCUUAGGCUCCGGGUUUUCUGACGAUACCUGACGACGACCACGCUCGGUCUCGUCUUUCGGCACGAACACACAGCGACACACAGCGACACACAAUCAACCCCGUCUGCCCUGGUGGAGGAGGAGGAGGAGCUCCACACCGUAAUCAGGUGGCGUUGGUCCGGCAGGUGUUGCGGUGGCAUCGCUCUCCCAGGGAAUCGGAAGGUCCGCCCAGCGAUCAAUUCGGAAGGAAGCGACUCCGGUGUGACUCAUACGCACCCUUGCAGACAGCAAACUCGAGGUGUACAGCUGUAUCAUCUUAUACGUGGGGCAGACAAACACAACAGUUCAACGCUCAGGAUGAUUAUCAGGAGUUCGGGCCUGUCCGGGCUCGACCAGCACACGAUGAUAUAUUUAAUAGUAGCGAUAGCAUUAACACUGGUACCAGCGUCCAACAGCGCACCGAUGUAUGAAAGUGAUCAGACAGAGCUGGAGAACUAUGGUGAGUCGACUGGAUGCUACUACAACUACAAUCAUUACGGCGAGGGUGACCGGAUCAUGACAAACGAACCAUGCUUGAACUGCACGUGUCACGACCGCAUGCUGAUGUGCUAUCUGCGCGUCUGCCCGUUCACGAAGGCGAUCGGGCAGGACUGCACGAUUGAGAAGCGCGAAGAUCAGUGCUGUCCGGUGAUUACCUGCCCGGAGGUGGAAGUCCAGCUGCUCGACCAUCAAACGACGGCCAGUCCCUCGAACGCGCUCGGUGCGACCUCAUCUAGCGAGGUUGGUGCGCCCGACCAGUACGGUUGCUCGAUCAACGGACGGUUCUAUCCUGAGGGAGCUCAAGUGCCAUCAAAUCCACAAAAACCAUGCGAGUUGUGUUACUGUAUUCGUAACAUGACGACCUGCGUGAUGCAGGAGUGUACGCUGCACAUCGACGGCUGCCAACCGAUUUACAACAAGGGUGUCUGUUGUCCAGUGAAAUACGAUUGUGAUCACGAUAGAGAUUCGACCCUGAUGUUGGAGGACGAAAGUACGACGACGGUGCGUCCAACGCCAGGAUUCAUCCUCACCACCACCGUAUCCCCAUCCGUGUCUACCGACUGCGUGCACAACGGUGAAACGUACGCCGACGGUGCGCUAAUCACGACAGACAAGCCGUGCGAGCACUGCUACUGUAUGCGAGGCGAUAUCGUGUGCGCCGUUCAAGAGUGUGGCACGCCGCUGGAGAAUGAGGGCAAGAACUGUACCGCUUUGCCACCGGCCGCUGGCCAAUGCUGUCCGGACAAGUACAUCUGCGAUGGUAGUGCAGCCACCAUGAAGGUUACGACCGUCCCGAGCAUUCCGACAGCAGCCGAUGAUGGUGACGCUGAAGCGCAGGAGCAGGAGAAGGAACAGCCGCAGCUGGAAGAUAGUGCGCCGGCAAAAACUGAGCAGGAAUCGGAAGCAGCACAAACCACGCAGGCUGGUGCAGAAAGUACCACUAUGGCAACGAUGGACCAGAAGGUUCAGGAUGUAGUAACGGGCGAAAAGGAAAAGGUGUCCAGUGAAGAUGACGAGGAUCAGCAGGAACAGGAGCACGUUGCACCACAAUUCGAGGAUGUCCAGACGGACGAUAGCCACGAAGAGGAUGACGGUGAUGUGCAGGUUCAGAAUAAGAUUGAUGACGAGCAGCGACUGACGACGGUACAGCCGGUUGAGAGUGGUGAGCCAGGUGUUGAGAGUGAUCACAUCCCUGGACACGUGGGACCGCAUGAGGAGGAUGAGGACCAACGCCCGGAAACGACUACCACGGUUGCCUUUGAUGAUGUGCCUGCACUAACUACGGUACGAGCUGAGGUGCCAUCGAACACGGAAGGAGCACCAGCACAGGACGAAACAUCAACGGAGACACACGACGAGUCGGAGGUACCUAGCGAAGGAACGACUGUUGCACCCACCAAGGAUGCACCGGAACCGGAAGCGGAUGAUGUACCCGCUGAGCAGGAUGAGGACGAGCCAACAAGCACGAAGAAACCAACGGCUGAUGAAGUUGUACCGACGACCGUUCGAAGCGAGGAGGACAGUUUUGAACCGGCGGUAACGACGUCGCUUCCAGCGCUGGCCAGUGCUGAUGAGAAGGAAAACGAAAUCGAUGAACACCAUGACGAGGCAACGGAAACAAGCGCCAUCCAGCAUCAACCAGAGCAUGAUGAUGCUGUGGCGUCGGAAGACCACGACGAUCAGAAGGAACAGGAUGAGCAAGAGGAGCUGGAAGAUAGUCAAGCCACCGCUACCACUACGGCACUUCCGGAGCGCGAUGAGGUGACUAGCGAACCGGAAGUACAGACGCACGCCCCAUCGAGUGCAGCCGUUGUACCGGAGCAAGACAAGCCGGAUGUGAGCAGCGAGAAGAAGGAGCCCGCACAGAAGGCUGACGAUCAACCGGAGCAAGAUUUCGUAGAGUUACCGCCGGCAGUUGUUGUAACGGAGCUGCCACCGCUACCGACCGCCUCGGAUGAAACGAUCCCGGCCGAACAGACGCCUGAACCGCCGAAGGAUGAGAUUCUGGAAAAUAUGCCGCUCGAGGCCGAUUCGCACGUACUGUCCGAUUCGAUGACGACCGAGCACGCACCAACCUUUGGCGACCGGAAGGAGGACGAUGCACAGGAACCGGAACCGAUCCAUGUACAGCCUGGUGCGGAUAUGGAUGAGCCAGUCGAAAUGAACACCGUCAUUCCGCUGGAGAAGGAUGAGCAGAAGGUUGAGCAGCCGGAGAGCGAAGAAGCGGCCCAUGAUGGAGAGCCGGAGCAGGAGGAUCAUGUUGCGCUCAGCGAACCGGUCGAAGAGGAUGCGGACAGUGGUGAGAAGCAGGAUCAUGAAGAGGCACCAGUUGACCACGACGACAGCGAAGCACCAGCAACACCAGCUGCUCCACUCGACGAGAAGCAGGAAGCUGAUCUGGGUGUGGUGAGUCCGGACAAACUGUUCCCGGAGUCGAUUCCUGGCGAAGGUGACUGUUUGAUCGAUGGAGUUACGUACGAGAAUGGCGCUAGCGUGCCAACGUCCGGUAAAUGUCAGGUUGCCUGCCAUUGCUCGAACAGUAUCGUACACUGCGAAAUGGUACGUUGCCAGGCUCCGCCAAGCGACGACUGCACACUGAAAGCUACCGUAUCUGGAGAGUGCUGUCCGACGUACAGCUGUCCAAAGGAAACGACCUCAACUGCGAGCUCUGUAUCGGUAGAAUCGACCGAAGCCUCCACCGAGAGUGACGAUGCGGACAGUGAGGAAGAGCAACAGUCAGCGGAUGCAAGUGUGGAAUCUUUCGAAUCGUCGACCAAGGCACCGGUGUCUGACUCACAGUCUACCUCUACGGCCGAGGAGGACGAUGAGUCGAGCCAGCCAUCGGAAGCGGAAAGUGACAGCGCUGGAUUCGAUCUCGAUGACGAGGUGUUCAAACCGUUGCGACCGCAGGAACCUUCACUGGACAUGAACAUUAACUUGUUUGCCGGCAACCGUCCAACGACGGCGGACUACGAGGAUGUGAUCAUUUUGAGCACGGCUGCAACGACCAGCGCGCCUUCGGUUUCGACGGUGGUUGACACGGUGAAGGAAACCGUUGCACAACAGUCAACGGAACUGCCCCAGGGCGAGCAGCAGAUGUCGAUGAAAGCAACGACACCAUCUGCCGAAGGUGUGACGGAAUCGGAGCAGCAGGAGGAAUCUACCACAUCUGGUGAUGUUGCGGAGCGUGGUCCAGAGACUGAACAGGACGAGGUUGAAGAGGGACAGAAGCAGGAUGAAGAGCAGCAGCCAACGACUGUGAAGACUAUCGCUGGGGAGAGUCAAACGACACCGGUCAGCGAAACGGAAGAGAGCAGCUCGGUGGAGAGUGAACCGAUCCAGGACGAUACUGCUGAUGAUGGCGCUGAGAUAGCUGAGCAGGAGGUGCGUGGUACUACGCCUGCUGCUGAUGAGCCGGAAGAUGACAGCGUUCAGACUCAGGAAACGACGACUAGCGCGGAGAUUCUAGAUAAGCAACAGGAUGUCCAGGAACAGAAGGUAACAACUGCUCUCCCGGUGCAGGCAGAAGAAGACGAAAGCGAACGAGAUGAGGAGCAGGAACGCCCGGUUCCGACGACAGUUCGCUCUGUGGAGCCUGCUGCGGAAGUCACCACCGAGCGCGAACCAGAGGACCAUCAGAGCAACGAUAUCGAAAGUGAUGAAGUUGCCAGCCCGGCAGUCGACGACGACAAACCAUCGGCAAGCACGGAUGAUGAGGACACUCCUGCACAGGAAGCAACCACAACCGGAGACAUUGAAACGGCUGCAAAACAGGAGACGGUGACCGAGGCCCAACAGAAGGUGGAUGACGCGACGACCGUUGCAAGCGCUCACGCAGACCAAGAAGAGGAUCGCGUGCAAGAGGCAUCGACAACGCCAGCAGCAGCACUUGACGAGCCCGAAAAUGUGGAGCAUACUGAUGGGCAGCACGAAGAUGAAUCGGAUCUGACUGAGGAUGAAGCUACGGACUCACCGGCCGCUGCUGCAACUACUGCAAGACCAGUGAUGGAUGUGGAGCAGACGACAUCGUUUGUACAGGAGGCAGAAGCAGGACAGAAGCUGACUACCGUCAAGGAAGAAGAGCAAGCCGCUGUUACCACUGCACAGCCUGUUGGUGAUGAGAAGGAGUCGGACGAGCCAGCUUCGGUAACCGUGCAGACAGCUAUGGACGAAGAUGAUGAGGGUGGUCUCAAGACGACAGGGGUACCUGUUACCCAAAAGAUGACAACGGCACCAACAACUAGUGACGAUGCACUAAUCUUCCGCGUGGAGGAUGAAGAAGAGCAACCGAUCGUAAAACCGACCCUGGACGAAACUGUUCCAACUCAGGAAGCUGUGAAACCGGCGUUCGAUGAAGUGAAGCCUACUCAGGAUGCGGUGAAACCGAAGCCAGUCGAUAGGGAAGAGUCGGACGACGAUAAUCUGAUCAGCCCGGAACAGGACGGUGGAUUCCAUUUCCCGCAAGAGGAUGACGAUGAGGCGGAAGAGCCCAUCUUCAAGCCAUCGCUGGACGACACGGAGCAGCAGCACGUCGAUAUGCCGUUGCCGGUCGAGAUUCCUCAGGAAACGCUUGAACCGGUCGAUCAAAUUAAGGAGCAGGACGAGGUUGUGCAGACUACCACCACCGUGCCUAGUGAGCGUGUAACAGCGGCUCCAAGCACCGUUGAGCCAUCGAAGCCGGAACAGGACCGAGAGCAGGUACCGCAAGUAGAGGAUGAUGCUCAGGAAAGCAACGAAAUUGAAGCGGACGUUCAGAAGAUUACUGUACCGGUGAAGAAACCGGAGCAGACACCGAUUUACGACGAAAUCGAAGAAACCGAACAGCAAACCGUUGAGCCCACCAAACAUACACCGGAACUAACGACGGCUGGACACAAGGAACAGGACGUCGAGGUACAACCUACGACUGUGAAGGUUGAUGUGACGGAGGACGCGCAAGACAAAACUGGUGAUGAGCAGGAGCAACCAACGACGGCUACACACUCAAGUGACGCAGUUGACGUAACACCAGCUACUGAGCAACACGAGGAACAGGAUGAGACGGAGAAGGACGAUGUAGCGGAAGCAGUGCCAGAAUCGGACAGCACACCUUCGACGACUGUCCGUGUUUCGGAGGCUGAUAGUGAACAGGACGAGGAGCAGAAUGUCCCAACUGCCGCACCUACAGUGGCUCAAGAGCAGGAGAAACAGACUACUCCUUCGGUGCCCACGCGCGAUGAUAGCGAAUCGGAAGAGAAGGAAGACACACCUCAGCUUCCACUGGCCGAUGACGAUGAGGACGUGCAAGAAGCGACAACACCGGAAGCAUCUUUGAAGCCGGAGAGCGCCGACGAGAGCGAACCGGAGAGAGACCAGGUUGCACAGUCUCACGACCAGGUUGACGAGGAUGAGCAGGUUGAGGUCGCUACAACGAAACUGACCGCUUCGAACGAUGAAGUGCAAACGACCACGGCAGAUGUAGAUGUAAAACAGACGCCUUCUUCAGUAUUAAUGGAACAGUCCACGACUCUAGCACCGGUGAAGGAUGCUGAGCAGGAGGACGAACAGACGCAAAAGCCAGUCUUUGACGACGGUGCUGCACAGGCGAGUGUCGAAGAGAGUGAUGAGCAGGAAACGGAAACGACACCAAAGGUACCAGUGGCUCACGCUGCGCCAGAUGCAUCGGAGGAAGAGGUGUCCGACACAGAACCUGUUACUGUCGACAGCAGCAGCGCCAUUACUGAAGCAACGCUGAAGGAUUCGGAGGAAGACCAACAGCUCGGCGACGACGAUGACAAGCAGAACGAACAGGUGCAAACGACCGUAGCUCCACAGGAGACUCAGGAUAAGAAGCAACAGCCAGAGCCGGAAGUGGAGGUUACUACUACGCAAGCAGACCCAGUGCACGUCGCUCCGUUGGAGGAUGACGUCGAUUUCGAGCCAGAACAGCCGGCAAUUGCCAGCACAGCCGCACCACAAACUGUUGCCGAGCAGGACAAACAGACGACUACCGUUGUGCCCGUGGACGACGAUAAGGCGGAGGAGCCGUUGAGCACGGAAACGGAAAAGAUGACUGAAGCUCCAGCAGAGCAGGAGAUUCAGGCCACUACGGUUCGGGCUACUGAGUUCGAUUUUAACGUUGUCGACACCGAUCAUGAGCAUCCGAUCGCUGAGCCAGAAUCAGAUGACGUUGCUCAGGACGAGAUUGCCCACAGUACCACGUUCGCUACGCCAGAGCAACCAAGCUCAGCGCACGAUACGCCAGCCGAGCAGGAUGCAGGUGAAGGUGAGUCUACCGAUGAUGCAUCUACCCCGGCGUACGAUGAAGCGGUAAAACCGGUGGCUGAUACGCACGAUGAUCACGACGAUAUGCAAGACGUUCGCGUUACUACUGGUGCUUCCGUCGACGAUGAAGAUUCGGCAGAAGACGAUGAAGAUGUGCAAAUCACGACCGUACGACAGAAGCCAAUCAGCGAAGAGGAACGACCAUCGUCAACUACAGCUGCACCAGUACCGAAGGAACCGGAGCAAGAUCAAGCUGGCGAAGAAAUCCGUCCUGUCAGUGCGGAGGAACCGGAAGCGACGAGCGAGUCCGUACCAGAACAGGAUGAGAAGGUACAACCAGCCGAACCGGCCACUGACAAGCCAUCGGCUGUGCACGAUGCGGUCGAGACUGCUGGAACUACCUCAGAAGAAGAGCAGGACGAUGUGGAACAACCACAAACGGACGAUCUGCACGCGGAUGAUGAUUCGUCGGAGGAGGAAGACACACCGGUCAGGUUGACUACGACAGCAGCUCCAGUGAAGGCUACCACGACAGAGGAGGCACUUACCACACCAACGAAGGAGGAAGUCGCCGAGGCGGUUACGGCAAAGGUUGACGUGUACACGACGGUUGUGCCGGGUUCGGACUCGCAGGUAACCGAACAGCAUACCACCGUACAGCAGGAGGACGAACCGGUUUCAACUGCAGCACCAGCAGUACCUAGCACCACCGUCACUUCGCAGCCAGCGGAAGAAGCUAGUCCAACAGCUAGUACCCCGGGCUUGGCUCAGGAUGUCGAAGCAGAAGCCUCGGAAGCACCAGAAGUGCCGUUGGAAGCGGUGACGGUGUCAAGCACGGUACCGGCUAUUACCACAACGCAGCUGACAGAUGUCAAAACGGAAGAGCCUGUACGCGAGGAGGUAUCGAAGGCACCUGUACCGGAGGUAUCGCAUGACGAGCUUUCGCCAACGACGAUCGCACCAAUCGCUGCCCAGGACGAUAAGCUCGACGAAAAGAUUGACAGCGUUGAGGAUAAGCCGAAGCCAACGGUCCCGGUGGCUGAGGAGGAACUGGUCCAGAAACCACAGCCGGCAGGUGAUGAGAGCGAUGAGCAGCAGGUUGCUGCAAAGCCAACCUUCACCGAAGACGAAGAGGACGACCAGCAGAAGGUGCAGGAGCAGGACGUGACGGGACUGCACGAUGAUACCAGCAGCCCAGCGAAGCCCACACAGCAACCGGAAACGGUUGGACCUUCGUACGGUGCACCGGGCCAGCACUACGACUCCGGUUACGGACACAUGCCACCACACUAUCCACCAUCCUCGUACGAGGACGACUAUGGCGAAGAGGAGGAUCCAGCCGCGUUCGGACCGGGCACCUGCCGCUACGGCGGUAAGCUGUACGUGUCCGCCCAACAGAUCCCGCGGGACGAUCCGUGCGACUUCUGCUUCUGCUUCCGCAGCGAUAUCAUCUGCCUGCAACAGUCUUGCCCACCACCGAUCAGUGGCUGUAACGAGGAGCCAAUAGCCGGUUUCUGCUGCCCGCGGUACGAAUGUCCGGUGUCGAUGGCAACGGUGUUGAACGUGACGACCAGCACGACCACCACGACGACCACGUUGCCACCCCACUUCCUGCCGCACGCGUACAAGGGACACGUGCAGAAGCGCGGUUGCCAGAUUCAGGGCAAACCGUACAACGUCGGUGAAACGGUUGCUUCCGCAUCCGGUCCUUGCAUGCGAUGCACGUGCGGCGGUGACGGUCAGAUGCAGUGCGAACCGAAGGCGUGCAGCCCGGAGCCGAUGCUGCAGCAGAUGAUUGCCGUGGCAGCGGCCAAGAGAAGAUGAGCGGACACCACGGCAGGAUGGGAUCGGGUUCGAGCUGCAACAGUACGCCCGUCACUGCGCGUCCGUCGCCAGCAAACGCAUGUGUAGACACGAAAUAUCGGUAGGGGCAGUACGGCGGCGGCGGCAUCGUCGACAGUGACGGUUUUGGGACAAACGAUAUUAGCACUAAGUAAGCUUAAGUAAAAACGGACUGAGGGUGACUAACGGACGAUCACGUACGCAGACCGUAGAGCGACGACGCGCAGAUGCUGGAUACAAAAUUAGCACGGCUAAAGGACGAUCACAGAAACCAGUUCGAUCAGAAACCGACAAACGCGGUAGAGAAGCGCCAUACACGUUUAAGGCGAUCCACUAUGUAACGUCCAUCGCUUCCGUUUCCGAUGUGGUUUUCAUUGCUCUAGGUAUUUGCGUACAUACGAUUCUUUAACCCCCCCGCUUUUUGUUGUUUGGCUUCCGUUCUCGAACGAUUAUCUUUUUUCGGAACAGCUACAGUAAUGAUGCAUUUAAGAAAAAUCGAUGCAGACCGAUUAUUUAUACUGACUUUGGGACAGGGAUGGGAGGCGGAUUUGUAAGGGACUUGUUGAAGGCGGGUCUGCAUAGCGGACACACCUCUCCUAUGCAAGUCAAUUGGUUGCGUCACUGCUUGCCACACACAUCAACCUUCCCUUUCUGCAAGGAUCAGGCUCCUCAGGGGGUCCUUGUCUAUUGGUGAACGGUCGCCUGUCCGCUCGUGUGACGGCUUGCUGGCGAUUGAGACACAGUCGCCGCAACACUCCGAAUGUUACCAGAAGUGCAACCGUCAGCUCAUCAGACCACUCCACCCGCAAGGCACACCAGCGACACGCUUGGACCGAACCAGGCACGGAACAAGCGUUGAUAUCCUAGAUGUCCUAACUCCCAGACACAGUGCUCAGACGCCCGAUGAUUGACCGAUCGGAGCAGGUGCCGGCGACCCGAUGGUAUAUGCACUCCCUCGGUUGCCGGCCAACUUUUCGGACUGGUCACUAUCGCCCGCUAACCGGCCGAUAGUAGCCAGUAGGGUAUAAUGCUUCCGACACCUCACCCAUUCGAAAAGGGCUCCUAGGAUCGCUUGAACAUUUGGCAAUGCUGAGCUGGCUAGCUAGCAAGACCGGUAGACCCGGACACCUGAGCGCUCCACACUUAGUUAGGUGGGGGGGCUAUCGGGGGACUUAUCAAGGUGCGAGCAGUGCUAUCCUCGUACCUCCUGGGGACUUGUUUCGUGCUUCCGUUUAGAAUCAGCUCCAACAGUGUCGCUACAUCUCCAUAGAUUUCUCUCCUAUCGCUACUCACUGCAGCGAGGAUGCCACACGCUCCACAACGCAGCUGAAGUGUCCUUCCUUCCUUCCGCUCCUCGUAUUCGCUCACGAGGUGUAGGCGUCUCGGCAAACAAUCUACGGCCGCGUGCCUGCACUACUCACGCAGCAAAACUUGUUGGCGUUGGCACACUGAUAGCACCAUUACGAUUGCGAGUGUAACUAUUUUUAAAUAUUAUCAUUAAAUUUAUUUUUAUUAUAAAGAUUAUCUUUUUUUUUUACAUGUAUCUCUGUAUAUUUUGCCAUAAUUUUAAAAAAACACACAAGCAACCGCUACCCAGCGACCGUCACGGUUGAAUUCAUUGGGAACACCUUUUCGGCAGCGCCCCCACCAAAUUGACUGUCAAAAGCUUGCAUUGCGCCUUUUUUUUACUUCUUCUCCCUGGUUCGAGAAGAUGGGAAUAUUAGCACGAUAACGAUGAGCAGAGAAUGAACAGGGAACGUCGGUUUUGUUUGUAAGAUAGACUCAUGCAGGAAACAGAAAAAAACUGGUCUAGAAGCGAUAUUGUGGAACGGAUGGAGGAACUAUUGGCGCGCGGUAAAGUUAUCAAGGAUCAGGCGUAAGAUAUGCUUGCUUCUCCGGUACAGUUUUACCUCGCACCAAUAUGUCCGACCAAGUAGUACUUGGACCACUCUUGACCAACUCGCUCUGACGUUUGGUACUAGACACACUCGCAGAUUCAGAUCUUGAUUAGACUUCAACGCACCCAGCACAGUAUCAGUAUCAGUCGUUCUCAACAAAACAACAACAAAAAACGCCAGAAAUUCGAAGAUUUUAUGCACAACCAUUACUAACAGACAGGACCAGCAAUCGGAAACGAACGCAACAUGGAUGAUACGAAUCACAAGGAGAAGCAUUUAUCAGCCGCCAGCCGCUUGUAGUGGUGGCCAAGAGGAUGUUUUUUGAUUAUUUUCUCUCUCUCUCUCGUGUUUGCGAUCACUUCCCGGCCGAGAGGAACUAGGGCAUCACCACCACCAAUACUAUCUAUUUUCCCAGACGAACGAGCACAACCGGUGCGACCCUGAACCAGAGUGACAACGCGUACGCUCGCCCGAGCUGUUUUUUUUCCCUCCCUUUCAAAUAUCCAUCUCCAGCAGAUAUUCUGGAUAGUUCCCUAUCCCCUGCAGACCUCCGCUUCGGAUCUCCGCGAGGGUUACGCGCCCUGGCAGAGACUCCACCGCGGACAACGAGGACUCUCUGCUCUGCUCAAUGGAAUGGACCUCACACACACAAAAAAACAGCUCGCUCCAGCUGCCUUCGGGGUGUAGGCAGCCUGGCGACCGAGGGCGCUCUUGCUCGGGUUCACACUCUGCUGACAACCAUAUUCGCCGACCGAACAACAAGCGAGUAGUAGGCAGUAGCCUAUAAGUAGAAAAAUAGUUUUUAAAUUCAUAUUAAUACUUGGGCAAGCGGCGGACGGGAGUUCGUCUUCCCAUGCGACGCGCCUACCGUUUUCUUUCGCGCGCCGAAGGAAACAGAAAAGAAAAAAUUUGCACAAACUUAAUCCCCCCCCGUUGCACAACAGCUUGGACGACGUCUUGUCCGAACGAGCGGGCGCGCAUGGGGAGAGUGUUUUCUGUUUUGUUUGUCUCUUUUGGCGGAAAAUGAUUGCUAGGGCUAGGACGGCGGAAGCGAAAACGGGUAAGCACAUCCAGCCAGGCACAUAGUAGAAUAAACAGGCAGAGUAAUGAUGAGGGGCGGAUGAAACCGGGGGUAGAGGGAGCAGAAGAGGAAGCAGAGGAAGAAAAAGAAAAUGCCGCAGGAAAAGGAAAGGAAGCUUAAGGAAAUGCAAAAAAAGGAAAAAUAAACAGAUAAUUCAGGAUAUUUUUAAGUGUCCUUUUAUACUGAAAAUAAAAUUUUUACGUAAAAGCUAAA